UUUAACGUCAUGCGACAUUCCUACUUCUGAUGUGAUAACCAAACUUUGUUCCCGUAUAGAAGUAUUUAGUUGUAGUACUCUAAAUUUUUUAAAUUAAUUGGAUUAUUUAGCAAGUUUGUCUGUAUUAUAAGAAUGUCCAGUCGUGAAGGUGGUAAGAAAAAACCUCUUAAGGCACCAAGAAAAGAACCAAAAGUUUUAGAUGACGAAGAUGUAGCAUUCAAGCAAAAGCAAAAGGAGCAACAGAAAGCACUUGCUGAAGCUGCAAAGAAAGCAAGUCAAAGAGGACCUCUUGUCACGGGUGGUAUAAAGAAAUCUGGCAAAAAAUGAUCCAGUUAAGACUGAUGAAAAAUGCAAUUGUCGUGCACACCAUGUUCUUAUCAAAUCUUGAUUUUGAUAUUAUCGAUUAGUACAUUAUCCGAAAUACAGUUCGGGUCUACCACUUUGACAAAUGGUUACAAUUGUAAAUAAAACGUUUAUGGAUUA